AUUAGCGAGCGAAGAAAAAAUUUUUUGAUGAUAAAAGCUGUACUAAAAAGACUACAAAGUCCAAAAUUUCUCAUUUAUUCAUGGCAAAUGCAUCGUGUUUGGCUCUAUUAUUUAAUGAAAAAUCAUCUCUCAAUAAAUUAGUUGAACAAUUUCAGUCCAAAUUAUUCCCUUUUUCAACCAUCAAAGUGCGGAGUUUUCCGACAAAAGUUUCGUGAAAUGCGGAAAUUUCUUUGGGAUGGCUUCUCUGGCAACCCUCUUUGGCGGGACUUCAAACGCCAACGGGUGACAUAACCUCAAUUGUGAUUUUGGCGGCGAAUUAGCGGUAUUGCAUUGUAAAUCGCAGGAUAUACCGCAAUUGUGAUGCACUUUGUCUGUGAUUGGAGUGGAGUGGAAAAUGGACUCUGGUCAGAAGCGUCUGAAAGUAGCCAAGGAGAGCGACGAAGUGUCGCUGGAUUUCAGCAAUUGGCUGUGGGACGAGUGGGAUUAUGAGGAGCCAAACGAGGCGAACAAGGAGAACAUCUCCGUGAACACGGGGACGAACAAUAUUGAGCCUCCGGCGAGGUCACAUCAUCGAGACAGGACGUUCGAUCUGACACGCUGGAGGCGCUGCGAGGUGAAGUCCGUCACGAGGCUGGACAGAGAGGUGAGACUGAGCCUGAUGGAGGACGAUGUGCCGCCGGAGAGGGCGCAGACCGGACAGCUGAUCCUGCACGACAUGUGGGUCCACACGGAAGUCAAUCCUCUGGAUGUGGUGUCCGUGAAGGCUGUGUGGAGCGAGGAGCUGCAGUGCCAUAUCAUAACCAUGACUGAGGGGCUUCUGGUGGUGAAUCCGAAUGUGCUGGUCUCGGGAACCACUCUCCUGGGAUCGCUCUUCUGUUCCCGCCGGGGAAUUCUUAGUGAAUACUUCAAGACGCUUGUUUUAACACCUGAAAUUAUGACUGUGGGUUCUCUGGUGCAUGAGCUGCUCCAGAUGUGCCUUGAGAGGAACCUGAAGACCCACGAUGAGAUCCAGUGGGCGUCCCAAGAGCUGUUGCAGCAGCGAGGAACCUUCUUCCAGAUCUACUCAUCCACGUUGGCGGAAUAUCAGGCGCAGGGAGAAAUCACGCCGUUCAUACCAAAGAUUGAGGACUUUUUCCGAUGCUAUCUGCCCAAUAGUCAUCAGGGACGGCAUCAGGGACACUGGUUCCUCAAGUGGGGCAACUUUGAGGGCAGCAUUGCCAGCGUGGAGGACAUUGAGGAGAACAUCUGGAUGCCACAACUGGGCCUCAAGGGAAAGGUGGACGUGACGGCGAGGGUGCGAAAGAGAACAGCUGACGGCGGUGAGAUCGUCAAAAUCAUGCCGGUGGAGGUGAAAACUGGCCGGGCGAGCUUCUCAGCUGAACACCGUGGCCAAUUGACCCUCUACCAGAUGAUGAUGUCUGAACUCCUGGGCGGCAUCGAUUCCGGACUGCUGCUGUACUUGCGCGAGGGUGUGUUCAAGGAGAUGCAGCCCUCGUGGAAUGAGAUGCGCGAUCUGAUCAUGAUGAGGAAUAAGUAUGUGAGCUUUCUGGCGUGCGAGAAGAUUUACCUGGACGAGGGAGAGGCGGAAUUUAAGCUGCCAGAACCGAUAAAUCAUCCCACGGGGUGUUUAUCGUGUCCCAUGAAGACAAUCUGUGGCAGUUUCUUGCUGAGAUCCGAGCAGAGGAGUCUCGUGACGCCUGACCAUCACUUCCAUCGGACUCUCAUUUCCUCCACGGAGCAUUUGAGUGAGAAACACGUUGACUACUUCAUCGAUUGGGUGCACAUUGUGCUGUAUGAGGAGUUCCAUGAGCACGAGAAUUUUGGACAGGAGAGAAUUUGGCUGAGAACACCAGAAGUGCGGGAAAGUGAAGGAUUCACACUGGCGUACUUGAUGAUCACAAAUCCGCCUACACUUCAGUCGGGGCGCUACUUGACGGACUUCCAUGUGGACAAAUCGAAGCCGAGAGGCGACAAGAGGGAUUGUCUGACGGCGGGUUUCUCUGUGGGUGAUUAUCUGGUCGUGAGCACGUCUAAGAGAAUCGCCGUGGCCACUGGGAUUGUCCAGACGAUAGAUUGUGAGCACAUUUGCCUGUCGCUCGAGAGGAAUCUCAUGAUUCAGUACAGCUUGGAGAACUUCCACAUUGAUCGAUACAUCAGCAACACACAGCUGACCUUCAAUCUCACCAAUCUGGGCGCGAUGCUGGAGAACACGGAGCGAAGCAACAAGUUGAGGCGGUUGAUUGUGGACAAAGUGAUGCCGCGGAAUGAAUCGUGCCCGAAGGAUGCGAAUGAGGAUCACGUGGCGCUGCGGAAUCUCAAUAGUGACCAAGUGUCUGCCGUCAUCAAGAGUGUCCAGAUGGUUGAGUACAUGCUGCUGCAGGGAUUUCCGGGCACGGGCAAGACACAGACGAUCGUCGCUCUUGUGCGCUAUUACAUCAGCAAGGGCAUGUCUGUCCUCAUCACCAGUCACACGAAUGCUGCCGUGAAUAAUCUCCUGGAGCGAUUGCUGCCGCACAAUCUGAACUUUAUGCGCUUGGGCUCUGUGGGUCGCAUCUCGCCGGCCCUCCAGGAGCACACAGAAUCCCACCUGACGCGCCAUUGCACCACUUAUCAUCAGCUGCAGAGAGUCUACGAUGACUGUCCAAUCGUGGGCGUCACUUGCAUGGGCUGCACUCAUCCCAUGCUGAUCAGGAGGGUGUUUGACAUCUGCAUCGUGGAUGAGGCGACUCAGGUCUUCCAGCCCACCAUCCUGAGGCCUCUUAUGGCCGCCAAGAAGUUCCUACUCGUCGGCGAUCCACAUCAACUGCCGCCGCUCAUGAAGUCUGAACAGGCAAUCGAGCUGGGCGGCGGAGAGAGUCUCUUCAGGCGCCUCCAGACCAAACACACCGUCGCCACACUCAGGAAGCAAUAUCGCAUGAAUCAAACCAUCACGGAUGUCGCCAAUAAGAUUUCGUACAAAGGAUUUCUGACAUGCGCCAAUGAAACUGUGGCCAACAAUGUCCUCCAAUACAAUCCGGCUGUGGACUUCAGUGAGGAGAAGAGCCCCUUUCCGUGGCUGUACAGAGUGCUGCGCAGCGACCUGGAGUACUCUUUCGUCUACAUUGACACCGGAGACACAGCUCGUCUGCAUGCGGAAUUCACGGAGCAGAUGAACAUCAGCUCGGGCAGCAAAGUGGAGUCCGACUUCCUGCUGGAUUCGCCGCAUCACGUGGGGGAGAAUGUGUGCGAGGCUGCUCUGUGUCUGUACGUCGUGAGAGCAUUGCUGGAAUUGGGCGUGAAUGCUAAGGAUAUUGGGAUUAUCACGCCGUUCAGAGCUCAAGUGGCACUUCUGCAGCAACUCAUGGCAAAGUACAAUGAAAUGUUCAGCCUUGGCUGUGACGGAGUCGAGGUGAACACGGUGGAUCAGUACCAGGGAAGGGAGAAGAGUGUGAUCAUCUAUUCGUGCGUGAGCAACUGCAACAAGAAGGGUCACGCGUGUGUCGUGGAUAAGACAAUCAUGGGAAGCUCUGAACGCUUCGCUGUGGCUGUGACGCGAGCCAAGCAGAAGUGCAUUGUGAUGGGAAAUUCCACUUCACUGGAUUUCAUUGAGCCCUUUGCCAAGUUGAAGCGUGGAAUUACGCCGAAGAGCAACUUUAAACUCACCGACAAGACGUCAGGCUUUGACUGGCAAGUUGUGCAGAAGCAUCUCCUCGACAUUCACCGGAAGAAUCCCGAAAUUGUCAAGCAACGCAUCUUCUAA